AUGGCGGAUGCACUGAAACCCUUGUCCGGACAACCAACGCAACACUUUUGCGGGUGGGGAGCGACGCUGGUAGACGCUCUUGACAGCCUGUGUCUCAUGGGUUUUGAAGACGAAUGUCAACAGGCCUUGAAUGCCAGCCUUGCGCUCGACUUCACGACAUGCCUGGACGAUGCUGAGGUGAACAUGUUCGAAUCCACUAUUCGGAUCCUCGGAGGACUGUUAGCAGCAUAUGACCUGACCAACGACGUUAAGUUGGUUUCCAAGUUAGUCGAACUCGGCGAUGUCUUGCAUGAUGCGUUUCGGACCCCCAACGGCAUGCCCCGUACCCGAUACAGACUGGGACAGAGGGAGGUACGACCUCAAGCGCCGAGUACCGCUCCGUUAGCAGAGGUGGGUACCUUGAGCCUGGAAUUUGCGAGACUCUCACAGAUCACUGGGGACGGCAAGUACAUGGACGCUGUCGACUUGCUGAGUCAGAUACUUGCUCGUACCCAGCAAGACUCUGGUAUCCCAGGACUCUGGCCGGAAUCAAUCCAUCCGAGUUCGGUGGGAGGUCAAGGGUCCUAUUUUGCCAAAGGAGGCCUUCGCUGGUCUCUGGGAGCUGGGUCAGACUCCGCAUACGAGUAUUUGCUCAAAUCCCAUUUGCUACUGGGUCGACAGGCGGACCUGUACAGGACUAUGUGGAAAGCUGCCUCGGAGCGGAUUAAAGAACAUCUGCUCUUCCGACCAGCCAUCCCUAACACAAAUGGAACAGACGUGCUCUUCAGCGGGACCGCGGUCAAAGUGCCCAAUCGCGAAUACCUAAACCUUGAAACCAAGGUCCAACAUCUCGCCUGCUUUGCUGGUGGCAUGUUUGCACUGGCGUCUCGAAUAUUCGAGGAGCCACAAGACCUAAAACUUGCUACUCAGCUCGCCAAUGGCUGUGUGUGGGCAUAUCUCAAUACCCCUACGGGGAUCAUGCCUGAAUCUUUCUCUGUGAUGCGAUGUCCGCAUGAGGACCCCCUUAACUGUGAAGAUGCCUACCGCGUAUUAGAGGGGCAUGGACAACCAGUUUGUCUGAAUGGCGCGUGCACCGACAUGCUCCCGCCCGGGUUUCUUGAAGUCAGCGACCCAACCUACCGACUUCGGCCUGAAGCAGUCGAGUCCGUGUUCAUCAUGUGGCGCGUCACGGGAAAUGAGCACUGGCGAGAGGUCGGCUGGACUAUGUUCCAGUCCAUCAUCAAACAUACUCGGACUCCCUACGGUCAUGCUUCCCUUGCAAGCACUACUCAGCUCGUCGAUCGACAAGCCUACGAGAACGAAGUGUGGGUGAGCCAGAGAGGGCCGAUACAACUUGAUGAAAUGGAAAGCUUCUGGUUCGCGGAGACUUUGAAAUAUUUCUAUCUUCUCUUCAGCGAGCCGGAUCUCAUCAGCCUCGAUGACUACGUGCUGAAUACGGAGGCCCACCCAUUCCGCCUGACAAAUGGAAUUCGAGGCUUCGGAUGA